AAAGGAUGGCACGAUUAUUCUUGCAAUCGAGUGGCUUUCCUGUUCCUUCCAGACGAUUCGAAACCAGCUUAGGGUUUGUGACCAUCACCGAUUGGAAACCCGAAUCUUGCAGUUUGUGAAUCAUGGCUGAGCAUCAUGAGCACGAUGAGCCAAAGUCUGAAUCACUGUUAGAUAAGAUAGCUGAGAAGAUUCAUGAUCAGCAUUCCUCGUCCUCGUCUUCGUCUGAUUCAGACGACGAGAAGAAGGAUAGCUCGUCGUCUUUGAUCAAAUCCAAGAUUUUCCGACUUUUUGGAAGGGAAAAGCCAGUUCAUAAGGUCCUUGGUGGCGGAAAACCGGCAGAUGUUAUGCUAUGGAGGAAUAAGAAGAUAUCAGCUUCUGCUCUUGGUGUUGCAACAGCUGUAUGGGUUCUGUUUGAUUUGCUUGAAUACCAUCUACUCACUUUAACCUGCCACUUCCUGAUACUUGCACUGGCAAUUUUAUUCUUGUGGUCCAAUGCCUCAGCUUUUAUCAACAAGACUCCACCGCGUAUCCCAGAAGUUCACAUCCCAGAGGAACCUGUUCUACAGUUUGCUUCCGCUCUUAGAAUUGAGAUCAAUUGGCUUUUUGCUACUUUGAGGGAUGUUGCAUCAGGAAGAGAUCUCAAGAAGUUUCUUUCUGUGAUUGCGGGGUUAUGGGUUUUCUCUAUUGUCGGGGGUUGUUGCAACUUCUUGACGCUGUUCUAUAUAGCCUUUGUUUUGCUUCACACUGUUCCUGUGCUCUAUGAGAAGUAUGAAGAUCAGGUGGAUGCACUUGCUGAGAAGGCAACCGUGGAGAUUAAGAAGCAGUAUGCAGUGUUUGAUGCCAAGGUCUUGAGUAAGAUUCCCAAGGGACCUCUGAAGGAUACAAAGAAGGAUUGAAGCGGCUGACAAAUGUGCGAUGUGGUUGGGCAUUCUUCAGUACCCCUUUUUUUUGUCAAAGUCUUAUCUUCUUUAGUUUAUAUUUUUCGAGGUACAGGGGAAAGAUCAAGCUUGCUUUUGUUUCAGCUGCUUUCAUGGAUGUCUCUGGAAUUCUGUUAUAUGGAUGUCUCUGGAAUUCUAUGUUAUAUGGAUGUCUUGUUUACUCGUUCUUAA